AACUGCGGCAGAAAUACGACAGAUCAUCAUCCUCCUCCUCCUUCCUGCGGUGCUCAGAGGAGAGAGUCCAUGGCUGGCGGUGGAAGGUGAUCUGGCACACCAGCAAAGCGCAGUCGAUGAGGGAACGAAGUGGAAAGGAGUGAGUAGCCUUCCGCAGUCCAAAAAAAAAAAAACAAAAAACGGCGAGGAAGAGGAGGAACGCGGAGAGAGAAGAAGAUUAAAUCCCUCUUCUGCGACCAGGAGAUAGCCUGCUCCCGUUGAAUCGCAAAAAUGGGGAACCGGGGAAUGGAGGAUUUGAUUCCUCUGGUGAACCGCAUGCAGGAUGCCUUUUCCGCCAUCGGCCAGAACGCGAACCUAGACCUGCCUCAGAUCGCCGUGGUCGGCGGCCAGAGUGCGGGCAAGAGCUCGGUGCUGGAGAAUUUCGUGGGGAAGGAUUUCCUCCCCCGUGGUUCUGGCAUUGUGACCCGUCGCCCUUUGGUGCUGCAGUUGAUGAACAGUCCCACAGAAUAUGCAGAGUUUCUCCACUGUAAGGGGAAAAAAUUUACAGAUUUUGACGAGGUUCGGCAGGAGAUUGAGGCGGAGACUGACCGCAUCACUGGGGCCAACAAGGGGAUCUCCCCUGUACCCAUCAACCUGAGAGUCUACUCCCCACAUGUGUUGAACCUGACGUUGGUGGAUCUACCAGGGAUGACGAAGGUGCCAGUGGGUGACCAACCUGCAGACAUAGAAUUCCAAAUUAAAGACAUGCUGAUGCAGUUUGUGACCAAAGAGAACUGCUUGAUGUUGGCAGUCUCCCCGGCCAACUCCGAUCUGGCCAAUUCUGAUGCUUUAAAGGUUGCCAAAGAGGUGGACCCUCAGGGUAUGAGGACCAUUGGUGUGAUCACGAAACUGGACCUGAUGGAUGAAGGAACAGAUGCAAAAGACAUCCUGGAGAAUAAGCUGCUUCCACUCAGGAGGGGUUACAUUGGUGUGGUGAACAGGAGCCAGAAGGAUAUUGACGGCAAGAAGGAUAUCACUGCUGCUAUGGCUGCAGAGAGGAAGUUCUUCCUCACCCACCCCGCGUAUCGGCAUCUGGCCGACCGCAUGGGCACACCUUACCUCCAGAAAGUCCUCAAUCAGCAACUGACCAAUCACAUCCGGGACACACUGCCAGGUCUGCGGGCCAAGCUGCAGAGCCAGCUUCUCUCCAUAGAGAAGGAGGUAGAGGAGUAUAAGAACUUCAGACCUGAUGAUCCCUCUCGCAAAACCAAGGCUCUGCUUCAGAUGGUGCAGCAGUUCUCUGUGGAUUUUGAGAAGUGCAUAGAGGGCUCCGGGGAUCAGAUCGACACGGCUGAGCUCUCAGGAGGCGCCAGGAUCAACCGCAUCUUCCAUGAACGCUUCCCCUUUGAACUUGUCAAGAUGGAGUUUGACGAGAAAGAGCUCCGCAAGGAGAUCAGCUACGCCAUCAAGAACAUUCACGGCAUCAGGCACGACGGGCUCUUCACCCCUGACUUGGCCUUUGAGGCCAUAGUGAAAAAGCUGAUUCAAAAGCUGAAGGAGCCCACACUGAAGUUUAUAGAUAUGGUAGUGAGUGAACUCAUCUCCACCACAAAGUGUAGCCAAAAGCUGGCUCAGUACCCGAUGCUCAGAGAAGAGAUGGAGAGAAUUGUAACACAGCAUAUAGGGAUCGCGAAAGUGCACAAAGGAACAGUGUUGCUGCUGAUUGACAUCGAGUUGUCUUACAUGAACAAUCACGAGGAUUUCAUUGGAUUUGCAAACGCUCAGCAGAGGAUCAACCAAAUGAACAAAAAGAAGACGGCCGGCAAUCAGGAUGAGAUCAUGGUCAUCAGGAAGGGCUGGCUGACCAUCAACAACAUAGGCAUCAUGAAGGGAGGAGCCAAGGAGUACUGGUUUGUCCUCACUGCCGAGUCUCUCUCCUGGUAUAAGGAUGAUGAGGAGAAGGAGAAAAAGUACAUGCUGCAAGUGGACAAUCUAAAGUUGCGAGACAUCGAGAAAGGUUUCAUGUCCAGCAAGCACAUUUUUGCCCUCUUCAACACUGAGCAGAGGAACGUGUAUAAAGACUACCGUCAGCUGGAACUGGCGUGUGAGAGCCAGGAAGAUGUUGACGCAUGGAAGGCCUCUUUCCUGAGAGCCGGAGUUUACCCUGAACGCGUCACGGAGAAGGAAGGGAAGGGUGACGGUGGUGAUGAAAACAGCUCAGAUAACUUCAUGCACAGCAUGGACCCUCAGUUGGAGCGACAAGUGGAAACCAUUCGCAACCUGGUCGAUUCGUACAUGGCCAUCGUCAACAAGACCGUCCGCGACUUAAUGCCGAAGACCAUCAUGCACCUCAUGAUAAACAAUACGAAGGAUUUCAUCAACGCUGAGCUGCUGGCUCAGCUGUACUCGUGUGGUGACCAAAACACAUUAAUGGAGGAGUCGCAAGAGCAGGCUCAGCACCGCGAUGAGAUGCUACGGAUGUACCACGCCCUGCGAGAGGCCCUCAGCAUUAUCGGUGACAUCAGCACAUCCACUGUCACCACCGCCAUGCCACCACCAGUGGACGACUCCUGGCUGCAGGUACAUCGGAGCGGCUCCGGAGGAAGGUCUCCUGCCACCAGCCCCACUCCAAACCGAAGGGCCCCACCAGGACCGCCAGCACGUGCUGGCUCUCGUGGUCCACCGCCUGGACCUCCUCCUGCAGGAGGACCCCCAGUCCCAUCUCGUCCGGGGGCCUCCCCUGAUCCUUACGGUGGAACCCCGCCUACUGUCCCCUCUCGGCCGAACCGUGCACCCCCAAGUGUGCCCAGUCGGAGACCCCCACCUUCUCCAACCCACUAGACAACCCUCCCUCCUCAGACUCCCAUCUCCGGAGCCACGGACGAGAGCGCCACCUUCCUGCCGUGUUCUGUGCACCCAAUCCCUCCUGCUCCUAUAGGACUCCUCUGAUUCAUACUUGAAACACGCCUGCAUGACUGACACACAAAUGUACCGCAGCCGCACAAUAUUACAAGUUAUUUAAUGUCAAAUGGCUGGUGUGUGUCUGCACACGUGCAUGCAUAUGCACACUUGCUUUCCUUAUACUACCAAGGG